CCCUAUUGCAUAGCCAUAUUGUUGUACAAUAGCAUGUGCCUUUGCUGGGGGGCUUAGCUAUAUUCCAAAACACAACAUUUAAUGUGUCCUUUGCACUGGUGAAAAGGAUUGAAUACCUAACUAUUUAAGCCCAUUUAAUCUUAAACAGGUCGUAGCUUGAUCCUUUUAACAUUGUAUCAAAGCUAAAGGUCUCGUGUUCUUCGUUUGUAAUGCAGGCUACUACUGUAGAAGGUGUAAGUUCUGAGCUAAAGGCACAAAGCAACCAUGGAAUGUAUGGCACCACACCAGGCAGCCUUCAUCCUCAGGAAUGUGCUCCAAAAUGCACAUACAGAUGCUCAGGCACAGCAUACAAGAAACCAUGCAUGUUCUUCUGCCAAAAAUGCUGUGCAAAGUGUCUGUGUGUGCCCUCUGGAACCUAUGGCAACAAGCAAACUUGCCCUUGCUACAACAAUUGGAAGACCAAGAGAGGAGGCCCCAAAUGCCCUUGAUUAAUUAUUCACUAAUUAAUUAAUUUAAUGUUUCUAAUCAUUAAUUAAUUAGGUUAUUAUUUUGCUUAAUUUGUAGCCAUUUUGGCAUUUUGUUCUCUUAUGUGCUCUCCCUAAGCAAUGUGCAAUUCAAAUAUUAGUUAAUUUA